UCUUCUGGCCCCACUCUCUCUUCCCUUUCCAUCGCUCUAUAUAAUACAGGAUCAAUUCAACCAUCAAGAGCCUUUCAUCAUCAGCCAAUGUUCAAGCUCUCUUCUUCACAAGACCCAUCAGCAAAGGUCCUUCAUCAUCUAUGUCAGCCAGCAACCCUUCAUUUGUCUCCCACUACUUCAUCUCUUCCUACUCCACCGGAAGGAAGCCAUCCCUUGGAUUUUCCUGAAGAGUUUUCUCCAGUGUUAAUGAAUCAAUGUAUAUCACUUCCACCCUCUCCGCCAUCAACUCCUGCCCUCAAGACCAUACAAUUAUUCCAGCAGUUGUAGAAGACGAAUGAAAGUGUUGUUGGUGGAUGACAAUUUGAUCAACCUCGCCAUUUUGUCUCAGACGUUACGGAAACACAUGGCCCAUUUGGUCGAGCAUUUGGAAGUGGCCAAGAGUGGAGUCAAAGCUUUGGAAUUACUCAAACUACAUUCUUACGACUUGAUAUUACUGGAUAUUGACAUGCCUAUUCUGAAUGGCAUUGAAACGGCUCGUCACAUCCGACAAUCAACAGCUGAAUAUGAUGUGCUUGCGUGCAACCGCUCUAUUCCCAUUGUUGCUGUGACUACCAAUGACUCUGCCGAGUGGAAAAGGGCCUAUUACGAUGUUGGUAUGAAUGGAUGUGUCAGUAAACCUAUCGCUGUGGAUAUACUGAAGAAGACCAUCAAUGGCGUUCUUACACGAGAUUCCCGCGAACAACUCAUUUCCAAGUAAAAUCGCUCGCCUUGGUUUACAUAUCCCGAAUUUUCCUUUCGCUCGCUAAAAGAUCGGCUGCCGUCACUUUUACCCGACUUCACCCAAAACGCUUUUUUUCUUUUUUUGCACAUCCUUAAUCUCGUUUUUUCCCCG